AUGUCAGACUCUUGUAUUAAACACGAUGGUGCAUGCGAGGCUGAUCAUCAAGAUCAAGGAGGGUGUUGCAAAGGAUUGUACUGUCAUAAACCGGUUCCAACAUGGAAGAGUGGACGAUGUUAUUAUCGAGAUUCAACAGCGAAAACUUUGAAGGAAAACUGUUCGAUUCGUACGGAUUUUCCGUAUGAACUUGACAAAUUAACAACAGUGACAAUAAUUCUCGACGAUGGAAUACAAUUAGCAGCGAAUAUCUGGAUGCCGAAAAGUACAAAUGAAAAGUUCACGACAAUUUUGGAAUAUAUACCAUACAGAAAAGCUGAUUGGACAUCAAGACGCGAUGAACUUCGUCUGAAGUAUUUCUCGGGAUUCGGUUAUGUUGCACUUCGUGUGGAUAUUCGAGGAACGGGAAAUUCUCAAGGAAUCUUUGAUGAUGAAUAUAGUCCACAAGAACAGUCCGAUGCUUUACAAAUUCUCAAAUGGAUACAAAACCAAACUUGGUCGAACGGAAAAGUUGUGAUUUAUGGAAAAUCGUGGGGUGGAUUCAAUGGAUUACAAGUCGGUGUGCUUCAACCUAAAAAUCUAGUUGGAAUUAUAUCGGCUUAUUCAACAGAUGAUCGUUAUAGUGAUGACAUUCAUUACUACGGAGGAUGUUUACCCGCACAGGAAGCAUUGGCAUGGUCGACGCAAAUGCUAAUAUGGCUAUCGAUUCCUCCACAUCCAACGUAUCAAGGAGGAAUCGAUCGGGAUAGUGAUCUCGAAAAGAUCUGGAAAGGUCGAUUGGAGCAACUAGUACCGCUGGAUACUUAUUGGAUGAAACAUCAAACUCGGGAUAAAUACUGGCGACAUGGAAGUGUUUGUGAAGAUUAUUCGAAAAUCUCGUGUCCGGUUCUUUUGAUUGGUGGCUAUGCUGAUCUUUAUACAGAUCCAGUUUUUCGCUUAAUGACGAGAUUGACGUGUCCGAAACGUGCAAUCAUUGGCCCGUGGGGACAUCAAUGGCCAGACAGUGCAUAUCCAGGACCACAAAUUGGUUUUCUACAAGAAGUUGUUGCUUGGUUGGAUUAUCAUACCAAAGGCGCUGAAAAUGGUUAUGAUAAGAAGGAAAUGUUUUCGGUUUAUCGACUACAUCCGAAUGUGGAAGAUGUUAGUUCAGUUAUACAUGAGAGAAAAGGCGAAUGGAUCCAUUUCAAUCAACUUCCAUCGUUUCCGAUCGAACAUGACGAAAGAAACGGUCUUCCGCCGACUAAUAACGACGAACAAGCAGAUGAGAAGAUUGUCUAUUAUGUGUCCUACCAAUCCUUACAAAGACAACCAAGUGUCAAUGAAGAAUUACCGAAACAAAUGUCUUUUCUAUCACCACAGAUUACUGGCAUGGCUGGUGGAAACUAUCUAGGAUACGGAGCAGCAAAUCUUCCAACUAAUCCAAUCGAUCAACGGCUCGAUGAUGGUACUUCUUUAUGUUUUGAUUCUCUUCCUUUAACGGAACAAUACGAUUUAUUUGGAUUUCCACGUGUUCGACUCAAUUUGAGUUCGAAUUCACCAGAUGCCUUGAUUUGUGUUCGUUUAAACAUGAUUGAUGAGAAAUCAUCGGUAUCGAUUCUUCUUGCACGUGGAAUUCUCAAUUUAACACAUUAUAAAUCACAUGAACAUCCGGAAAAGUUGAACGUCGAUCAAGUUUACCCGAUUGAUGUGACCUUAUCCGGUCUAUGUGUUUCUCUUCCAAUUGGUUGUCGUCUUCGUUUAAGUUUAUCAACCUCUUAUUGGCCAAUAGUUUGGCCUUCGACUAACCUAUCAGUCUUAACGAUUCAUUUUGAUCAAUCAUUACCAUGUGUUCUUCAAUUACCUCGUCUCACGAGAGAAUAUUCAUUAAGAAACGAUUUUGCUUUGCCGGAAGUUGCCCCGAGCAUUCCGGUGAACGUUUUACGAAAUAGUUCAAAUCAACGCCAACGGUUUGUUGAUGAAAUUCGUCAAUUUGUCACAUUGAGAACGACUGACGAUGAUGGAUGUAUAGAAUAUCCCGAUGGAUUAAGAUUUGACGAGUCAAUGAAAAGUCUUUAUCAAAUUCAAAUGAUUGAUCCUCAAUCAGCACGAGUCGAAAUCGAACGUAAUUUGAAAUAUUAUUUUUCGGACGCAUCAUCAUUUCAAGUUGAUAUUCAAACCAAAUCGACAAUGUAUGAAGAAUCAUCAGUCUUCCAUGUUAAACAUCAAUUAAACAUUCAAAAUCGUCAUCAAGAGUUCUUUAAGAAGGAUUGGCAUUUACAAUUUCCAAGAGUUUAA